CCCCCCCCCCCCUUCCUUUUCUCUCUCUAUGUAACACAACUCUCUCUCUCUUUCAAAGCAGAGAGGGUCUUAAAUACAGCCGAAGUUGCAGCUGCAAGUGAGUUGAGGAGAAGAAGAGAGCUGCUAAAAAAUAUAUGGGUAACUACUCGUUAGAUCAAGUGCUAAGGAACUCUUGAAGUGAAAUUCGUGUUCAUGUGGUUCAUGUAGAGUUGGGUUGGAUGUUGAGAAGCUGUGAUCCUGGAAACUUGUCGGUUGCCUGAGAAACGAUGCCAAACCAGCUAUGGUUUGCACUGCUAAUUAUUUAUCAGCAUGGAAGGAUUUUCCAAAGGGCCUCAGUGUUCUUCUCCUUGCGGAGGAUAGCAGUUCUGCUGCAGAGAUGAAGUCGAAACUCGAAGCAAUGGAUUAUAUUGUGUCUAUAUUCUGCAAUGAGAAUGAAGCUUUGUCAGUAAUUUCAAGCAAACCUGAAAGCUUUCAUGUUGCCAUUGUAGAGGUGAGUACGAGCAAUAGCAAUGGGAGGUUCAAGUUCCUUGAAACUGCUAAGGACUUGCCUACGAUCAUGAUUUCAAACAUUCAUUGCCUGAGCAUCAUGAUGAAGUGCAUAGCGCUUGGUGCUGUUGAGUUCCUUUGGAAACCUCUCUCUGAAGACAAACUAAGGAACAUAUGGCAGCAUGUGGUUCACAAGGCAUUUAAUGCUGGGGGAAGUGUCCUCUCUGAAUCAUUAAAGCCUGUCAAAGAUUCUGUAGUUUCCAUACUGCAGCUUCAAGUGGAAACUGAAGAGCCCAAGAAUGAGACGUUAGAGAGAAUAGAAAAUACAUCUCCAGCAUCUGAAAAUGAUUAUGAGUACUCAUCAGGUAGUGAUAGAUACCCAGCUCCUUCAACCCCACAAUUAAAACAAGGAGCCCGGUUAUUGGAUGAUGGGGAUUACCAAGAUCUUACUAAUUGUUCAACAGAAAAAGAGAGUGAGGAGCAUGAGGGGGAAUCUAAAUCUGUCGAAACUACUUGUGCAAUGACUGAAGUAACUCUGCAGGUCGGCCAUCCUCAGAGCUCAAUUGAGACUGUGAUCAAAGAGAAAGAUGACUCAGCUGAUGGUGUUAAGAGUGAGAAUAAUCCAUCUGGUCAUCCGCCAAAUAAUGACAGUCUCAACAAUCCUGAUGGAAAUGCCGCAAACCCUGUUAAAGCUUCUGGUCUUCACAAUUCGUGUGGGACUAGAGUUAAUCGAAAGAAAAUAAAGGUAGACUGGACGCCUGAGCUGCACAAAAAAUUUGUGCAGGCAGUGGAGCAACUGGGUGUAGAUCAAGCCGUUCCUUCAAGAAUACUAGAGGUGAUGAAAGUGGGAGGCUUGACAAGGCAUAAUGUAGCAAGUCAUCUCCAGAAAUAUCGAAUGCAUCGGAGACAUAUUCUGCCCAAGGAAGAUGAUAGGAGAUGGUCACAACAAAGGGAUCCAGUACAAAGGAGCUAUUCUCAACAUAAACCUAUCAUGGCCUACCCUCUAUGUCACCCUAAUCAUACUUUCCCACUUAGUCCUGUCUAUCCCGUCUGGGGAGCACCUAGUGGUCACCCAGCUGGUGUCCAAAUGUGGGGCUCACCAGGCUAUGCCCCAUGGCCAUCAAGAGAAAAUUGGCAUUGGAAACCUUAUCCAGGGAUGCAUGCAGAUGCAUGGGGUUGCCCUGUGAUGCCACCACCUCACAAUCCUUAUUCUUCCUCACCUCAAAAUGUUACUGGGUUUCACAGUACUGGAAUGGUUGACAAUGGGUGCAAUGUACCACAAAAUUCGUUCAACCUACAUCCGGCAGAGGAGGUGGUUGACAAGGUAGUGAAAGAAGCAAUCAACAAACCUUGGUUGCCCUUGCCUUUAGGCCUGAAGCCUCCUUCCACUGAUACAGUCCUAGCAGAACUAUCCAGGCAAGGCAUCUCUAGAAUUCCUCCCCACAUCAACGACUCAAAUUCCAUGUGAGAUGCAUCAUUACUAAACUACAUCAUGCUGAUACAUUUUCACUUGGAUCAAUGUCAUCAUCAUUAAAUAAUGGAAAAGCUUCAACAAAUCAAAAUCCAUCAUCUGUGAGCAAAUGGAUGGGACCCCAAUUGCUGGUAUGAAGACAGACAAUGAAGACAGCACAAACGGCUACUGACAGACCAAGUAGAUGCAAUGUUCACCUCAUGUGAAGUUUGUGGUUGAUAAAUAAAUCCUAACAAAGGGUAAAAUGCUGUUGAAUGUUGGCCUUUCUGGGUGUUUACGUUGAGCUUUUGUAGUUUUUCUGGAUAUUUAUGUUUAAAGCUUCUUGUGUAUGGAUGGAAAGUUACAGAUAUGGGGAAAUGGUGGGGAGCCUAGCAGUAGCACACAGGGACUUUGUGAAUGAAGUUGACGUAGAAUCUUGAUGGACGCUGACACUUUUUCUAUCCUUAAUAGUAAUAAUGCUGUAGUAGACAUCAGAGCAUCAGCAUUUGGAUC